UAGUUUUUAAUAUAAGGAACCGAUGUUAAAGCUCAUCCAAAGAACGCUAAGUUUUGGCAUAUUUUUAUCAAAAAAUUAAAGGUGGCGCACUCAGUUGGGCUGGCAGGGCUAUAUAUAAGUGUGAUGUCUGUCAUUGUUUGAAAAUAUAUGCGCCAUUGUCCUCUCUUUCAGAUUUCGUUCUGAAUCGGUGAGAGAGAGAAACCCUAGAAUUUUGAAUUUGGGGGGAAGGGGGAGACAAUAUGAUACUGAGGACUCCACCAUCCAAGAGGCAAAGGGCCGAACCCAUAGUUCAGGACAGUCCAUCAGCGGUGGCCGCCUCUGAGGGACGCCUUGUUAUCUACGAAGACAACCCUCCGGCUGCGCCUCCGCAGGAAUCAUCUCACCAGCCCUCCGAUCACCUCCUCUGUACUUAUCAAUGCCGCCAGAUGGUUAAAGCAGAUUUUCUAGAUGCCUUGAGCAAUGCAGAGAAGCAAAUACGUGAUUAUCAGUCCAAACUAGAGGCAUUAAAUGAAAACUUUUCCAAAGCUGAAGCAGAGAGGAAAAAGUUUAGGGAUCAAUUCCUCUAUGCAGAACAAGAGCUAGCUGCUGCAAAAGGACGUGAGCAAAAGCUGCAUGAUCAGCUCUUGAAGGAAGUCAAUAAUUCACAAGAAAGAUUCAAAAAACAAUUAGAAUCGCACAAUGCGCUUCAGGGGAAGCUGCAAAAUGAGAUUAACCUUCGCAAAAGAGCUGAGUCCUCUGCAGCAUCUGCCGAAGAGAAAGCAACUGGUUUAGAGGGAAAACAUAAUCAACUUUCUCAAAGCAUAGAAAGGGAGAAAAAGCGACUUCACAAUGAGCUUACUCAGCUGAAAGGAGAAUCAAAGCUUUCUGUUUCCAGAAUAAGUGCUGAUCUUGAAAGAAUGGAAUUUAGAGCUAAUAAUGCUGAGAAGGAAUCAGAGCUUUUGAAAGAGCAGCUGGAGGAUCUUAAGAAACAAUUUAAUGAGUGCUUACAUCAAAAGAGUGAAGUAGAGAAGAAGUUGUCAAGUUUCACCUUUCAAGAAGUUUCUUCCACCGAGAGUAAUAUUUUGAUUAAGCAUUUGCAAGAGGAGCUUAGAAACUAUGAGUCUGAAGUACGAGAGGCAAGAAAGUUGAAAUCAUCUCAUGAGGACAUUGAGUUAUUGAAGGCAAAAUUACUGGAAGAGAAGGGCCGCAGAGAGAGAGUAGAAUCAGAGCUAUCUAGGUUGCAAGAGCAAAUGAUAAUUUUGAACAACUUGGAGAAUGAGUUGUCAUCUUGGAAGCUGAUGAUGAUGGACAUACCUGGCGUGUCAUGUCCUGAAGAUAUACUUGUCAAGUUUGCAACGUUACAAAAGGAAGUGAUUGACAGUACAAUUAAGAUAGGUGAGGCAAAUGCACGCUUGAAGCAAAUUGAGGUAGGACUGGAUGCUGCACAACUUGCUAAAACGAAUGCUGAAGCUGAUGCUGUGUUGGCUAAAGAGCAGGCAGAAGUCUUGAAAUCAGAGGUCAAGCGGAUUGAAUUCAUGCUUUCUAUGGUUACUGAAGAGAGAGAUAGGUUGAGAAAUGUUAUUAAUGAAUUAAAGAGGCCUAAGAAUGGAGAAGCAGGUGAUGAAGUGGCCAGUGGAACUGUUGUUCAGGAGCUUGAAUCAUCUCUUGCAAAGAAGGAAUCAUGUAUUAAAGAAUUAGAGAGUAGUUUACAUGAACAAAAAGAUGUUAAUGAUCGUCAACAUAAUGAGAUUAAAUUGCUUCAUGAUAGGCUAAAUAAUGAAGCAAGAAGAAUAAAAUCACUAGAAAGGGAGACUGAUCGACUUCGUUCAGAGCUUUCGCUACUGGAAUCAAAGCUGGGUCAUGGCGAUUAUUCUGCUGCAAAUACAAAAGUUUUGCGAAUGGUAAAUACUCUUGCUGUUGAUAACGAGGCAAAACAAACUAUUGAGGCUUUACAAACUGAGUUACAAAAGACAAAGGAGAAGUUACAAGCUCUUGAAGAAUUGAAAAGUCAAUCAGGUGAUACUGGGAAGCUGGUUGACUCCUUUAUAUCUGAGAAGAUAAUGAGACUAAAAGAACAAAUUGCAACACUUGAAAAACGUGAAGAGAGAUACAAGACUGUUUUUGCAGAUAGAAUUUCAGUUUUUAGGAGGGCAUGUUGUGAGCUCUUCGGUUACAAGAUUGUAAUGGAUGAGCACCAGCGUCCUAAUGGAAUCCCUGUGACUCAUUUUACCCUUCAAUCAAUUUAUGCUCAAAGUGAUGAUGAGAAGCUUGAAUUUGAGUAUGAAUCUGGGAAUACUAACAUUUUGGCAAAUGAUUAUACCGCACAGCCUGAGAUAUCCCAUCAGGUUGAUAUAUUUGUUCGGAAGUUGAAUUCGAUCCCAGCUUUCACUGCUAAUCUCACAGUGGAGUCUUUUAACAGGCGAACUCUCUCUUAACAUAAAUCAACGUGUAUGCAUAAUUCUCAACACUUGAUUCCUUAUGUUUGAAAUCUUACAACUGAAAAAUGCAGUGAAAAUGGAUGUAUUAGUCUGGUUUGAUUUGUGGAUCUGCUGUUUAAAUGCAAUAGCUUGGCUUUGGCUUUUAAAA